AUGGAUUUCUAUGGCGCCGACGAUUUCGACGGACAGUUUGCAGUCGGAGCUCGUAUGAUGAUUGCGGAAUGGCUGAAAGGGGAACGAGAGAUUUGGUGGAUCGGGUUACUACCCCUACGCGGUGGGCCAGUGGCUAAGGGAGAAGAGGCCGCGGAGUUAUUUGAACGUUUCCCGAGACUGCACGACGACAAUUACAAGCAGACCUACUAUCGCAUCGAGCGAGACGAUGGCAUGGUGUUAGUGGUGCAGCACUACCAGGCGAUGGGUUCCAUAUACAUCUAUGGACUGCCGGAGAAUUACCAAGGCCGCCGUCACUGUCAAAGUAUUCAUAACUUUUUGUACAAAGUUGAAGAC